ACACAGCACAAUGCUCGCGCUACAGCUCAAAUUUCUUUGGUCUCAUAUGACGAACAGUGUAUUUUGAAUCUAUAUGUCAAACCAGAAUGCGAGGUUCGGAGCUACCUGUCUCCUUUGACUGGGCUGUCCAAGGAGAUGCUGGACCAGCAUGGCAUGAGCUUGGAUCAGGCGAUGGCAAUUCUGAGAUCCCAUCUUCCAAAACAUGCUAUUCUGGUCGGUCAAAACAUUCGCAAGGAUGUUGAGUGGCUCCAGCUUGAAGAAGGCAAGGACUUUGAGAGUGUUGUCGAUCUGGCAGGAAUUACAAUCUUGGGCUUAGUAUGGAAUGAUCAGUUCUCAUCGUUCACCUACUUCGGAUUGGAUCAUACAGCCACAUGCUGGUUAGGUCAGGCGAACAGCGGGGCACCACACAAUGCUGUGACUGAUGCCAUCAAGUCAAUGCAGAUUUUCAAGCUGUACCUCAGCGUUCAGAACGAUCAAAAGAGAGUUGAAGAAUUGCAAAAACUCCUGCUUGCAACUCCUCUUGCUCCUUCCUUUGCGAAGCAGCAUCCAACUUACGAAGGCUGCUGCAUGGGAAACAGGAAGACCUGCACGUGCGGAGCUCCUUUCUUCAGUUAG